ACCUCGCUGCCGCUAGCGCUGACGUUCAAAACGCUCCACAACAUUGCCGAGUGCGGUUCGUCUUUGCUUUCGUCGCCGAAUUUUCGUUGUUAUCACUAUCGGGUACCGCUGCACUGCUUAACGGUACAUCCCAAACUUAUCCAAACUGCACGCGAAACUAAGAGUGCAACCAAAACGAAUUUUGACAAAAUAAGGAAAACAAGUGAAAAUACAUUCAACCGAGAACUACGAAUCGAAACUGUGACUAAAAGGGCAAAUAUAGAAAAAUCACUGCACCUGUUUCCUGUACAUCUGUUCGGUUCUGCUCCCUCCUCGAGUGUCGGCUCCACGCGUACCCCAUGCGGCACGUACGCACCUCUGGCUACGGCUACGCAUAAAAAUGCGGCGUGUAUGUAAAACACAGUGAAGUGCGCGCUGAUAACUUAAUGCAAACCGAAGGGCCAUAAAAAGCAAAAAGCAACAAGAAGUUAGAGGAGACAGACGGCCUUGUGUUUGUGGACUUCUUCUUCGGGCCAUCCAUCAAAGUCAAGAGGCGGCAGUAAAGUCUUGGGAUUACACACCAUACCUGUACCUAUUUGGAUAUAAAACUCUCUCUCUCUCUCAUCCGCUCUAAAGAUGCUGAAGCACGUACAAAUCUCGCCGUUGCGCAAUCGCUCCGAUUCCGUGUCGCUGCGAUCCUCGAGCAUUGCCUCGUCGUGCGCCAGCUCCAUGUGCGGCAGUCCCGAGCCGCCUACGGACCAUCUCCAGCGCACACCUUCGCGGGCCUCCAGCUACUCCAGCCUCAACGAGCAGCCGCCACAGACCACCAUCAAAGUGUACACCAACUGCCUGAAGAUCGACAUCGAGUACAAAACCCUGGGCAUACAGUGGGACACCACCAGCAAGGAGGUUAUAGCCAUGCUGCUGAGACGCCUCAAGAUGCGUCACCGGGACCCGCGCCUGUUCUACCUCUCCAUGGAGGUGGCCGUGCGUCGGGCGGGAGUGAAGACCAUUCUGGUGCUGGACGACGACACCCGUCCGGCCAUCAUGCAGGCCUGUCAUCCCAAGGGCGAGUCCCGCUUCUGCCUGCAGCUGAAGGCCGGCGGACUGAUCCGCGUCCACACCUCGGCCCUGCAGCCCAGCUCCCAGUACAAGUCGCUGGUGAUCAGCGAGGAGACCAACUGCGACGAGCUCCUGCAGCUGCUGCUCGGCUGCUACAGCUCCCUGGAGCCCGUCGAGAACUUCUCGCUGUACGAGGUGUGCCCCGGGCAGGAGUGCCAGCGGAAACUCCACCCGGACGAUCUGCCACUGCGCGUGCAGGCGGAGCGGAUGAAGCGCGGCGAGAACUGCCACUUCCUGGUGCGUCGCACCCCCAACUAUGCCCGGCGCCGCCAGCUGUUGGCCAACCUGAACGAGGCCAUCAACCAGAGCUUCGAGAACGAGUCCGCCCUGGCCACCGGCGAAGCUGUGGAGGAUGCGACCAGCCUGCUGGAGCUCUCGCUCGAGUCGGAGCUGUCGCUGUCAGAGGAUCUGCGCAGCUGCAGCAGCGGCAGCACGGAGGAUGCCGAGGACGAGGACGAGUGCGCCAGCAGCUCCGGCUCCUCGGACAACUCCACAGAAUGCGCUCUGCGUCGCGACUUCUAUCCACGUCCCACAUCCAUGGUCUCGCCCUCGGCCCCGCCAGCACCCGUCGUCCCAUCUGUGUCUCCGGCCCGGGCCUACAGUCCGGUGUACAACAUCCGUGAGAUACGCACGGCCUCGCACUCGUUCUCCUCGCUGGGCAAGGACAAGAAGCUGCUGGACAUUCACAUGAACGCCCGCUACGGCCCAGCCGGCAUCUACAGCCGACUAAUGCCCGUGGCCGAGACGGAGGUGCUGGACCUGAACGGCAAUGCCCCCUCGAAGCUGGCGGCGGAGGCUGUCAACAACAACCCAUCCCAGGGACUGGGACACUUUGUCUAUCUGUAGCCAGCGCAUGGAUUAGUCAACCUGUAAAUAGAGUUAGAUAUCAACUAGGACUUAAGACGACGUUUAAGCCUCCAAAAAAGUAGAAAACAAAACGAUUACCGUUUGGACCAAAGAUGCAUUUGUAGGUUUAACAUUUAACAUUUAGAGUGGCAAGUGUAAAUAGUUAACUAUAGUUUAAGCCGUCGGCCAAGACGAGCACGGAGAUGAUGAAGAAGCAGUGCUUAUACUAAGAAAGGAAGAACCUAAGCACACACAUCAGCUGUGGCCACAAAUCGUUGUGUGUCGCUCUCUUAGUAUAAUGCUAACAAUCCCAAAUCAAUCUAUCAAGGAGUCUAUAGCUAAGUGCUUUAGUCCCGCAACUAAAGCUUCGAUAAGUCGUAAGAAUCUGUCGAGAAGAGAAGAGUAGGUCAAGUGACUAACAUGCAUGUACGAGUAGAAACCAAAAGAUAUUGUAAUAAUAAGUCUCGACUAUGUAAAACUCAA